CCCAUCACCAUCCUCAUCUUCAUCCUCAUCAUCAUCAUCCAUGUGUCUCUCUCGUCCUGCUGACUAGGAUGUCAACGGAGGACAAGAGUCUGGUGGUGGCGGUGGUGGAGCCGCCUCAGCAGCAGCAGCAGCCCCCCGAGCCUGGAGCUCCCCCCUCAGCAGCAGCAGCCACAGACAAAAGACCUAGGGGCCGGCCUCGCAAAGAUGGCGCUUCCCCUUUCCAGAGAGCCAGAAAGAAGCCUCGGAGUAGAGGAAAAACUGCAGUGGAGGAUGAAGACAGUAUGGAUGGUUUGGAGGCAGCAGAAACAGAAAACACUGUGGAAACAGAAGUCAAAGAGCAGUCUGCAGAAGAGGAUGCCCAAACAGAAGUGGACAGCACCAAGCAGCUAACACCAGUCCUUCAGCACUCAGUGUCCGAGGAGUCUGCAUGCUCCACUGCCUCUGUGGGUGUGGAAGCUAAAACCAGUGAACAACUCUGCGCCUUUUGUUAUUGUGGAGAACGGAGCUCAUUAGGACAAGGAGACUUAAAACAAUUCAGUCCAACUCCUGGGUAUGUUAUCCCAUGGAAAAACCAGCCUUUAAAUAAGAGUGAAGCCAGCGACAGCACCGAUGGAGCUUGUGAGAGAACUCCAAGGCAAAACUCAGUGCCGCGCAAACAGAGAGGACAGAAGAAAUCUCGAUCGAGUAUAGCAUCAUGUACAAGCGUAAGCACCCAAACUGCUUCUGACGAUCAGGUUGUCAAAUUCUGGGAUGAACUCAGUUUAGUUGGCUUACCAGAUGACAUUGAUGUUCAAGCCUUAUUUGAGCCAACAGGUCAUUGCUGGGCUCAUCACCGCUGUGCGGAGUGGUCAUUGGGAGUCUGCCAGACUGAAGAGCAGCUAUCGGUGAACGUGGACAAAGCUGUUGUCUCAGGGAGCACAGAACGAUGUGCAUAUUGUAAGCACCUUGGAGCCACUAUCAAAUGCUGUGAAGAGAAAUGUACCCAGAUGUACCAUUACCCCUGUGCUGCUGGAGCAGGCACAUUUCAGGAUUUCAGUAACUUGUCCCUCCUUUGUCCAGACCAUAUUGAUCAGGCUCCUGAAAGAUCAAAGGAAGAAGCAAAUUGUGCCGUGUGCGACAGCCCUGGAGACCUCUUAGAUCAACUUUUUUGUACUACCUGUGGUCAGCACUACCAUGGGAUGUGCCUGGACAUACAAGUUACACCUUUAAAAAGAGCAGGUUGGCAGUGUCCUGAUUGCAAAGUGUGCCAGAACUGCAAACAUUCUGGGGAAGACAACAAGAUGCUGGUGUGCGAUACAUGCGACAAAGGCUACCAUACUUUCUGUCUACAACCAGUUAUGGAUGCUGUACCGACAAAUGGUUGGAAAUGUAAGAACUGUAGAGUAUGUGCUGAGUGUGGCACACGAACAAGUUGUCAGUGGCACCAUAAUUGUUUGGUAUGUGACAGUUGUUACCAACAGCAAGACAACUUAUCUUGUCCUUUCUGUGAAAAACUGUGCCUCCAAGACUUCCAGAAAGAUAUGUUGCAUUGUCACAUGUGCAAAAGGUGGAUUCACGUAGAAUGUGACAGAUCUCCAGGUAGUGAAUUGGAGUCUCAGUUGAAAGAUUACAUCUGCACUCUUUGUAAACAAGGAGAAGGGGAUCAGACUCAGUCAUGUGAUGUAAUGGACACUUCUGAACUCAUUCCUGAACCUGACACCAUAGCAGCUUGUACAAAUGAAAUGGAAAUGGAACGUGGUGGAGAGGAUGCAACAUUUCAGGAACAUCCCAUUACUGGUGAUGGCCCUGAUCAAGAGUCAGCUGUUGGAUGUGUUGCAGACGUUACAGGCAUAUCACCAGAAGAAAAGGCCGCACAACUGGAAACAGAAGUCUCUGUUGAAAUUAAUUCAGCUGAAGUGGAAAUGUCUCCUAAAAAGGCACCAGCAUCUGGUGACAGUCAGACUGAGAAAAUGAUGGAAGCGAUGGAAGGUGUUCAAGCUGUAGUACAGCAGGAGUUAGACAAACAAGUGGAAGAGACGCAGCUGCCACAGGGUGCUGUGGAGGUGUCAGAAGGAUCCACAGUAGACUCUCGGUCUCUGCCUUCAGUACCUGAGACCAUGACUGUGACGCCGGAAAUACAAGAGUCUGAAAAUAAAGGAGAAACUUGUAUCCCUGUAGAACAACUGGAAAUAAUGAAAGUGCAAAAAGAUGUAGAAAAAGGAGAAAUCCAUGAACAAUCUGACACACCAGCUCUUCUAGAAGUAGAAACUACUUCUGCAAAUGAAGGUGUUGCAAAUAAGUCACCAGUUGGAGACAAACCCAUAAAAUCACCAGCUGAGACUUACCCCUCACUUCCCCCAUCAGUUAAUAUAAACAAGACACAUGUGUCUUCCUCACCAGAUGUUUCGUUAGACUUGCAUUCUGCACGAGAUGUACAGCACAGUCAGCCCCCAGCAUUGCCUUCCGCAGCUGGAAGUGCUCUCCCAACGACUUACAUAUCAGUCACUCCAAAAAUUGGCAUGGGAAAACCAGCCAUCACCAAACGCAAGUUUUCUCCGGGAAGACCCAGAUCGAGACAGGGGGCUUGGAGUACCAAUAAUACAGUCAGCCCACCUUCCUGGUCCCCAGACAUUUCAGAAGGUCGGGACAUUUUUAAAUCCAGACAGCUUCCUGGCAGUGCCAUUUGGAGCAUCAAAGUGGGCCGUGGAUCAGGAUUCCCAGGGAAACGGCGGCCACGUGGUGCAGGUCUUUCAGGAAGAGGUGGCAGAGGUAGAUCAAAACUGAAAAAUGGAGUUGGGACUGUAGUCAUUCCAGGGGUCACAACUAUGGAUAUUUCAUCUAACAAAGAUGAGGAAGAAAACUCGAUGCAUAAUACAGUCGUCCUCUUCUCUAACAGUGACAAGUUCACUCUCCAUCAGGAUAUGUGUGUGGUUUGUGGGAGUUUUGGCCAAGGUGCUGAGGGCAGGUUGCUUGCCUGUUCUCAGUGUGGUCAGUGUUACCAUCCAUACUGUGUCAGUAUUAAGAUUACUAAAGUGGUGCUUAGCAAAGGUUGGAGGUGCCUGGAGUGCACGGUGUGUGAAGCCUGUGGGAAAGCAACAGAUCCAGGAAGACUGCUUCUCUGUGAUGACUGCGACAUCAGCUACCACACGUACUGCUUAGAUCCACCCCUGCAGACAGUUCCAAAGGGCGGCUGGAAGUGCAAAUGGUGUGUUUGGUGCAGACACUGUGGAGCAACUUCACCAGGUUUAAGAUGUGAAUGGCAAAAUAAUUACACACAGUGUGCUCCCUGUGCAAGUUUGUCUACCUGCCCAAUCUGCUAUCGCACUUACAGGGAUGAAGAGCUUAUAAUUCAGUGUAGACAAUGUGAUCGAUGGAUGCAUGCAAUCUGUCAGAACUUAAACACAGAGGAGGAAGUGGAAAACAUAGCUGAUAUGGGUUUUGACUGUACCAUUUGUAGGCCAUACAUACCACCAACAAACGUGCCUUCUUUGGACUGUUGUGAUUCAUCAGGUGGAGCUCAGAUUAUUUCAAAAUCAAAAGAACUAGACCCACCGAAGACAUACACCCAGGAUGGAGUCUGCUUGACAGAGUCCGGCAUGUCUCAGUUACAGAGCCUAACUGUUACAGUACCAAGAAGAAAACGGACGAAACCAAAGCUUAAACUGAAGAUUAUAAAUCAGAACAGUGUGGCUGUGCUUCAGACCCCCCCAGAUGCCCAGUCAGAACACUCAAGAGAUGGGGAGAUGGAUGACAGUAGAGAAGGUGAUCUUAUGGAUUGUGACGGUAAAUCAGAUUCCAGCCCAGAACGGGAAGCUGUGGAUGAUGAUACCAAAGUGGCAGAAGGAGCUGAUGGGAUUAAAAAAAGGAAGCGAAAACCAUAUAGACCCGGUAUUGGGGGAUUUAUGGUACGUCAGAGAAGUCGUACUGGGCAGGGGAAGACUAAAAGAUCUCUCUCCAGGAAAGAUUCUUCUGGAUCUGUUUCCGAGCAGUUGCCUGGUAGAGAUGAAGGUUGGACAGAACAGCUGCCAGACACUCCAGUUGAGGAGUCCACCCCAGCUUCAGAAAGUACUGAGAAAAUAAAAAAGCGUUACAGAAAAAAGAAAAAUAAACUUGAAGAAACCUUUCCUGUCUACUUGCAGGAAGCUUUCUUUGGGAAAGACCUACUAGAUACCAGUAGACAAAACAAGAUGAGCCUAGAUCAUUUACCAGAAGAAUCGCUUCAACUCUCAUGUAAAACAAAUCUGAGCACCAGUUUCCUGGAUCCUUCAUCUGAUCCCCUUCUUAGCUCAACCUCCACUCCAGCUCAGGCAAAACUGGGACCUCAAGGUAGCACCGAUGAUCCUUUAGCUGAUCUUUCUGAGGUCUUAAAUACUGAUGAUGAUAUUCUUGGAAUACUUUCUGAUGAUUUGGUAAAGUCUGGAGAUCAUUCAGCUGGAUUGGAUAUCGGUCCCAUCUCUGAUGAUCCUUCUUCUCUGCCUCAGCCAAAUGUCAACCAGAGUUCACGGCCAUUGAGUGAAGAACAGCUGGAUGGAAUCCUCAGUCCAGAACUAGACAAAAUGGUCACAGAUGGUGCUAUUCUUGGCAAACUGUACAAAAUCCCAGAGCUAGGAGGAAAGGAUGUUGAAGAUUUGUUCACAGCUGUGUUAAGUCCAGCAACCACGCAGCCAGCUCCUUUGCCACAGCCUCCACCUCCACCACAGCUUAUGUCUUUGCACAGUCAAGGAGAGAAUGCGUUUCCAAGAGUGCCUCUGAUGAAUGGUCUGAUUGGGCCUAACCCUCAUCUUCCUCAUACAGCUUUGGCUGCUGGAGGUGGACUGGGCACUUUCUCUCCCAUUACACAGCAACCAUAUACUGAUACCAGGGAUAAGAAUCCAGCAUUCAAUCCAAUGGUGAGUGAUCCGAACAGCUCAUGGGCACCAUCUGCUCCACCUUUGGAAGGUGAAGGCGAUACAAUGUCCAAUGCUCAAAGAAGCACCCUGAAGUGGGAAAAAGAAGAAGCUUUGGGUGAAAUGGCAACAGUAGCACCUGUUCUCUAUACAAAUAUCAACUUCCCUAACCUGAAGGAAGAAUUCCCAGACUGGGCUACAAGAGUGAAGCAGAUUGCUAAACUGUGGAGGAAAGCAAGCUCACAGGAGAGGGCUCCAUAUGUGCAAAAAGCCAGAGAUAAUAGAGCUGCUUUGCGCAUCAAUAAAGUACAGAUGUCGAAUGACUCCAUGAAGAGGCAGCAGCAACAGGAUAGCAUUGAUCCUAGCUCACGCAUUGACUCCGACCUCUUUAAAGACCCAUUAAAACAGAGGGAAUCGGAACAUGAGCAGGAAUGGAAAUUCAGACAGCAAAUGAGGCAAAAAAGCAAGCAGCAAGCCAAAAUAGAAGCCACGCAGAAGCUUGAGCAAGUGAAAAAUGAGCAGCAGCAACAGCAGCAGCAACAGCAGCAGCAGCAGUUUGGUUCACAACAGCUUCUGAACCAGUCUGGCUCAGACACACCUAGCAGUGGGAUCCAGAGCCCCUUAACACCACAGACUGGCAAUGGAAGUAUGUCUCCUGCACAACAGACAUUCCAUAAGGAUCUAUUUACAAAGCAGCAGCUACCUGCUACACCUACGUCAGCGUCCUCAGAUGAUGUGUUCCUAAAACCACAAGCCCCACCCCCUACUCCAACCCGAAUCUCAGUACAUGAUUCACUGUCUCAGUCUCAGACUCCUCAGACAUCCUCACAGCAGAUGUUUUCUCCAGGUUCCACAAACACAAGACCUCCUUCUCCAAUGGAUCCAUAUGCUAAAAUGGUGGGAACACCUAGACCAGCACCCAUUAAUCAAAACUUUGUUAGAAGAAAUACCAUUGCACCAUUAGAUACCAUUGCACCACAGUCAUCCAUAUCUAGGCCCAUUCAGGUAACUGAACCAUCAGGAAGCAGGCCUUCACCAGUCAGGGAUUCAUCUCCAAGUACCAGUGAUCCCUAUGCAAAGCCACCAGACACACCCAGGCCUGUCAUGGCAUCAGAGCAGUUCUCCAAACCAUUGGGUGUCCCAAGAUCACCCAUAGUUACAGAACAGUCGGGGAAGGUUCCUUUAGCAGCUGGAAGCAGUGAUCCAUUUACUAAGCCAGCUCCUAGGACCGAUACGUUUCAGAGGCAGAGAGUAACUCCUGCCGAUGCGUAUGCACGGCCGCCGUUGACUCCUACUCUUACUCCUGUUGAUGGUAGCCCUGGACCUUUUAAAACCCCUAUGCGCCCACCUCAGUCCCCGCAAGAUCCUUAUGCAUCAAUGCCGACUACACCAAGGCGUGUUGCUGUUGAUCCUUAUGAAAGGCCAGCGUUGACACCAAGGCCAGUGGAUAACUUCUCCCAUAAUCAGCCUAAUGAUCCAUACAGCCAACCUCCCCUUACUCCCCAUCCUGCAAUAAAGGACACUUUUGCCCAUCCACCCCGGAUAGUGCGACAACAGAGUGAUUCUUUCCCUCAGUCUGGACCCAUUUCAAGGCCAGCUUCUCAGGACCCUUACUCCCAGCCUCCAGGUACUCCUCGACCAGUUGCUGAUCCUUAUGCCCAACCUCCAGGAACUCCUCGGCCUACCACAGUUGAUCCAUAUAUGCAGCAACCACCAACACCAAGACCUGCUCAGCCAGCGGAUUUAUUUGCUCAGUCUCCAGCAAAUCAGAGACAUUCUGAUCCAUACGCCCAACCUCCUGGAACACCAAGGCCAGUUCUCAAUGAUCCGUAUUCUCAGCAACCAGCAACUCCAAGGCCAGGGAUUCCAGAGAGUUUUAACAGACCUGCAAUGACAAGACCAGGACUAAUGCCAAAUAGAGAUCCUUUCCUGCAGACACCACAGAACAGGUUCCAGGGCACUUUUGUCAGGCCAUCAGAUCCAUGUUCUCAAACUCCCAGACCUGCAGGACCUGCAAUAACAGAUUCAUUUAGCCAUGGUCCAGCUGCUGCAGCACGUGACCCAUACGAUCAACCACCAAUGACUCCAAGACCUCAGCCAGAAUCUUUUGGAACUGGCCAGCUGGCCCAUGAUGCUGCAGAACAGCCACGGCCUGGAUCUGAGGGCACCUUCAGUGCAUCUGGAAAUUCUCCAAUGACUUCUCAAGGACAACAAUUUCCCAAAGUUUCACAAGUUCCUGGCCCAGCACCAACCACAGGAGUAACAGAUACACAGAAUACCAUGAAUAUGUCUCAAGCAGAUACUGAGAAGUUAAGACAGCGCCAGAAGUUACGUGAAAUUAUUCUGCAGCAGCAACAGCAGAAGAAGAAUGCGGUUCGGCAGGAAAAAGCCUUGCAGGAUGCAGCAGCUCCUACCCAUGCAGCUCCUCUUCAGCAUUGGCAGCAAGACAACUUAAAUCAAAUGUUUAACCGCCCUCCUCCUCCAUAUCCUGGGAAUAUUAGGUCCUCUGUUGUCCCUCCAAGUGGGCCAAGGUUCACUGUGUACCCAAAAGACCAGCGUGGCCCAUUUCCUGCUGAUGGGCAGUUCAACAGACCCCAGUUCCCAGGCGAUAUGAAUGCCAUGGGGAUGAGGCCUCAUGGUCUCAGAUAUGGGUUUCCGGGAGGUGGCCAUGGACCACCAUCAGGUCAAGAACGUUUCCUCGGUCCUCAGCAGCCAAUGCAACGCCCUGGAGUUCCCCCACAGCUGAGAAGAUCUCUGUCUAUUGAUAUGCCUCGGCCAGUGAACAAUCCACAAAUAAAUAAUACACCUGGGAUCUCUCAACAUUUUCCUCCCCAGGGAAUACCAGUUCAGCAGCACAACAUACUGGGUCAGGCAUUUAUCGAGUUACGUCACAGAGCUCCUGAUGGGAGGCCAAGGCUGCCUUUUAAUCCUUCUGCUGCAAAUGUUAUGGAUGCAGCAGCACAACAUCAGCGACACGCAGGGUUUAUACCCAGGCAGGAGUUUCCGGGCCCCAGACAGGCAGAACCACUGAGGCAUAAUUCUCAAGGUAUACCUAACCAGUUGCAGAUGUCUACAAGUUUGGAGCAUAUGUCACAAUCCCAGCAGGAUCAAAUCAAUCCUGACAACUCACCUGCACUUGUAAUUCGUUCUCUAAGUCAUCCGCCAGUUGCUGAUGCGUUCCCGGGUCCAUCUUUGUCUACAGCUGCACCAGGUGAUGAAUCUGCAAAUUUACAGAUACCCAACCAGCCAAGUGAUGGACUAGAAGAAAAGCUUGAUCCUGAUGAUCCUGCUGUAAAAGAUUUGGAUGUGAAAGACCUUGAUGGGGUUGAAGUGAAGGAUUUAGAUGAUGAGGAUCUGGAAAAUUUGAAUCUAGACACAGAGGAUGGGAAAGGAGAUGAACUGGACACUUUAGACAAUUUGGAAACCAAUGAUCCUCACCUCGAUGAUCUUCUGAGGUCUGGGGAAUUUGAUAUAAUUGCAUACACAGACCCAGACCUUGAUGUGGGGGAUAAGAAAGGAAUGUUUAAUGAAGAACUAGAUCUUAGUGUCCCCAUUGAUGACAAACUAGAUAUCCAGGGCAAGACAGAAGAACCCAAACAGAAAGAACAAGGUGAUAAGACUGUUUCUCCUCCUGAGACCCAGUCUCCACAGAAAAAAUCUGCUACAGAAAAUGAAAUUAAAACAGAAGUACUUUCCCCAAACACUCAGGAGGAAAAGAAGAAUGAUGAAAAAAGUGAGGGAAAUGCUGAAUCCACAAGUACUCAACAGCCUGCUGAAGAGGAGCUAAAGGACGGAGAAAAGGCUCCUGCACAGCCUGCUAACCCGGAAUUCCCUGACAAAACCACUGCGGUUUCUAGUCAAGAAACAACUGUGCCUAGUCCGGAUGCUCAGGGAUCUGCACCUCUGCCUGUUCAAGGAGCAGUAAGUUCCUGCAGUAUUUCUGGGUCCACACCAGUCCUCUCAAGUUUGCUAUCUAAUGAAAACUCAGAUAAUGCUGAAGCAAGGACUCUAGGCUCUCCAUCUCAAUCUUUGCCAACGCCACAAAUGAAUCAUGCAUCAGGUAUUCCACAAACACUAAUGACACCUGGUGGACAGAUCUUGGAAAACACUUUAAAUUCAAAUUUCACCAUGGUUCCACGAAUGAACCAUAAUUUUUCUCAAGGGUCACCAAAUCCAGGAUUUAUUCAGGGUCAGUCAUCUAAUCAUAACUUUGGGACAGGGCCAGCAUCUAAUCAAACUGUGGCUGUAACAAACCGUCCUGGUCCUAGUGGCAUAACUGGUCCCCAACAGAUAAUGCUCCCUCAACCAUUGGCUCAGCAACAAAAUCGAGAAAGGCCACUACUCCUAGAGGAACAGCCACUUCUUCUGCAGGACCUUUUGGAUCAGGAAAGACAGGAGCAGCAGCAGCAACGACAGAUGCAAGCCAUGAUUCGCCAGCGUUCAGAGCCAUUUUUCCCCAAUAUUGACUUUGAUGCAAUUACUGAUCCUAUAAUGAAAGCAAAAAUGGUAGCUCUUAAGGGGAUCAAUAAAGUCAUGGCGCAGAGUAACAUGGGCAUGCCACCAAUGGUUAUGAACAGGUUUCCCUUCAUGGGUCAGCCAGUUCCAGGGGCUCAGACCAGUGAAGGCCAAAAUCAUAUGCAGCAGGCAAUUACACAGGAUGGAAGUUUGACACCUCAGAUGUCUAGACCUAAUCCUCCCAAUUUUGGUCCUGGUUUUGUCAAUGAUUCACAAAGAAAGCAGUAUGAGGAAUGGCUGCAAGAAACACAACAACUCCUUCAAAUGCAACAGAAGUACCUUGAGGAGCAAAUUGGAGCACACAGAAAAUCAAAAAAGGCACUCUCAGCAAAACAGCGUACAGCCAAGAAAGCUGGCCGUGAGUUCCCAGAAGAAGAUGCAGAACAGCUUAAACAUGUUACUGAGCAGCAAAGUAUGGUCCAGAAACAGCUAGAACAGAUUCGAAAGCAGCAGAAAGAGCAUGCAGAACUGAUUGAGGAAUAUCGAAUCAAGCAGCAACAGCAGCAGCAGCAGUGUGGAAUGGCGCCCCAUGCUAUAAUGCCAGGCGUCCAGGCUCAGCCACCAAUGGUUCCAGGAGGAACAUCACCAGCAAUGAAUCAGCAGAACUUCCCCGUGGUGGCACAACAGCUCCAACAUCAGCAACAUACAGUGGUAAUCCCUGGGCAAUCCACCCCAAACAGAAUGCCAAAUUUAUCUGGAUGGCAGUCUGCAAAUGCCCCUGCAAGUCACAUGUCCAUGAAUCCAGCAAGGAUGCAGCCUCCAAUGACACCAUUGCCAAUUACGCCUAGUACACCAGCUCCUGUGCCUGGUCCAAAUGCAACUGCACAGUCAGGGCCACCACCAAGGGUGGAGUUUGAGGACAAUAAUCCUUUUAGUGAAAGCUUUCAGGAGCGGGAAAGGAAGGAACGUUUACGGGAGCAACAGGAGCGGCAGCGCAUUCAGCUUAUGCAAGAGGUAGAUCGACAGAGGGCUUUACAGCAGCGCAUGGAACUAGAACAGCACAGUAUGAUAGGGUCUGAAUUAAAUAACAAAACAUCCUUAUCUCAGAUACCUUUCUUUAAUUCUGAUCUACCUUGUGAUUUCAUACAAACUCCGCGACCUCUUCAGCAAUCUCCACAGCAUCAACAGCAGCAAAUGGGACAAAUUCUGCAGCAGGGUUCCGUGACCUCGCCUCCUGCCACAAAUUUCAUGCAAAGCAGUGAGCGAAGGCCAGUGGGAUCUACAGCCUUUGGACCCGACACAUCUGCUGUUCCAGGGGGAACCCCUAAUUUCCAUAAUGUAAAACAAACUCAUGGGAAUCUCCCUGGGGCUACCUUUAUGCAGAACCAAGUCAGGCCUCCGUUUGCUUCUGCUGUACCUUCAUCUACAGUACUCGGUAGUGGUGCCCCAUGUGGUUCGGACACUAGUGUGCCCCAGGCAACAAAUUUCCCUGGAUCAAGCCAGUCUCUCAUACAACUGUAUUCUGACAUAAUCCCUGAAGAGAAAGGAAAAAAGAAAAGGACACGAAAAAAGAAAAAGGACGAUGACACUGAGUCAAUAAAAGCCCCGUCAACUCCACAUUCAGAUAUAACUGCACCAUCAACUCCAACCAUUUCUGAUUCUACCUCCACCCCCACAGUGAACACCGCCAAUGAACUUUCCCGUCAUCAAGAUGAACAAGAGUCAGUGGAGUUAACGGGCCCAUCAACAUCAAAUACAGGAGAGAGCCAGGCCUCUCCAGAGCUGGAAUGUAAGCUCCCCAGCAGCAGUCUGCCACAGAAACAGCCGAGUGUAAAUACAGAGACUGAAAAGGCUAAAACAGAUACACCUACCAGCAUGCAAGAGGUUAAACUAGAAAAGGCAGAAACUGAUCAGUGCUUGGGUCAAGCUGAGCCUAAACCUGAAGAUCCAAACAGUAUUAAGGUGGAAGAAGAUAAGGUCACAUCACAGCCUGUCUCUUCGGCUCAGAGUCCAGCACAACCAGCCAGCGUUCCAGCAGCAAAAGGGGAGUCAGGGAACGAAUUGCUGAAACACCUGCUUAAAAAUAAGAAGUCCUCAUCUCUUCUAAAUCAGAAAUCGGAGAGCAGCGGCCGAACAGAAGAGGAGGCUUCUGGGGAUAAGAAGCUAACAGAGAAGCCAAAUCCAGCUGAAGGAAUGCAAACUGCAGGAAACCAGAUGCAAAGUGCAUUUGGGUGUAGUAACAGCCAGCUUCAGAGAACAGAUGUAGGACCUGAAACCAAGAAACAGAGAAAUAAGCGAACGCAGAGGACAGGAGAGAAGGCAGCUCCUCGGUCCAAGAAAAGAAAAAAAGAGGAAGAAGAAAAGCAAGCUAUUUACCCCAAUGCUGACACAUUCAUCCAGUUAAAACAGCAGCUUUCUCUUCUGCCUUUGGUGGAACCAAUAAUUGGAGUGAGCUUUGCGCACUUUCUUCCUUACGGCAGUGGCCAGCUAAAUGGUGGAAAUCGGCUUGUAGGAAGCUUUGGCAGUGCUACUCUUGAUGGAGCUUCAGAUUACUACUCCCAGCUCAUUUACAAGCAGAACAACCUGAGCAAUCCCCCGACACCCCCAGCCUCUCUCCCUCCCACACCACCUCCCGUGGCGUGCCAGAAGUUGGUAAAUGGCUUCGCAACCACUGAGGAACUUGCUGGCAAGGCUGGUAUGUUAGGAGGUCAUGAUGUUACCAAAGCUCUGGGACCAAAGCAGUUCCAGUUGCCUUUCAGACCACAAGAUGAUUUAUUAGCAAGAGCAAUGGCUCAGGGCCCUAAAACUGUGGAUGUUCCUGCUUCGCUUCCAACACCACCUCACAACAAUCAGGAGGAGUUAAGGGUUCAAGAUCACUGUGAGGACAGGGAUACUCCUGACAGCUUUGUUCCUUCUUCCUCUCCUGAAAGUGUGGUGGGAAUGGAAAUUAGUAGGUAUCCAGACUUGUCGGUUGUAAAGGAGGAGAACCCGGAACCUGUACCAUCUCCCAUCAUUCCCAUCCUGCCUAGCAGUACUGGAAAAGGUUCAGAAGCCAAAAGGAACUACAUAAAAGCAGAACCCGGUUCCGGAGCAUUACCUGGUUCUGGUUUCUUUGCCUCUCAACUUGGACCAUCCCAGAAUGGUCCUAAAUCUGGCCUUAUAUCUGUAGCAAUUACUUUGCAUCCCACAGCUGCUGAGAACAUCAGCAGCGUUGUAGCAGCAUUUUCCAACCUGCUCCAUGUCAGAAUUCCCAACAGUUAUGAGGUUAGUAAUGCUCCAGAUGUCCCAUCCUCCAUGGCAGCCGCCAGCAGUCACAGAGUGAACCCAUCCAUGGAGUACAGGCAAAGCUUACUACAGGGUCCUCAGGCAGGAGCCAUGGGACCUGCCAGGAUUGUAGGGUCUUAUGGACUGAAGCAACCUAAUGUGCCCUUUCCUGCAAACAGCAAUGGUAUAGCUGGCUAUAAGGAUCACAGUCAGAAUAUUGCAGAAGGCUCAGUGCUGAGACCUCGGUGGUGCUCUCAUUGCAAAGUUGUGGUUCUUGGCAGUGGUGUGCGAAAGUCCUUCAAAGACCUGCCCUUCCUUAAACAGGAUUCCCAAGAAGGCCCUGAUAAAAUGAAGGACAUUGUAUUCUGUAGCAACAACUGCUUUGUUCUUUAUUCAGCAGCUGUGCAAGCAAAAAACUCAGAGAACAAAGAAGCAGUUCCUUCUUUGCCGCAGUCACCGAUGAAGGAGAGGCCGCCUAAAGCAUUCCAUCAGUACAGCAACAACAUCUCCACUUUGGACGUCCAUUGUCUGCCUCAGCUGCAGGAAAAAGUUUCUCCGCCAUCAUCACCCCCCAUCAUGUUCCCCCCUGCGUUUGAAGCAGCCAAGGUAGAGGCAAAACCGGACGAGCUUAAGGUAACGGUGAAACUAAAACCUAGGUUAAAAGCAAUACACAGCAGCCUUGAUGACUGUCGGCCUCCCAGUAAGAAGUGGAAAGGCAUGAAAUGGAAAAAGUGGAGCAUUCAGAUUGUGAUUCCUAAAGGAUCAUUCAAACCUCCUUGUGAAGAAGAAAUAGAUGAAUUUCUUAAAAAACUGGGCACAACCCUUAAACCAGAUCCCGUGCCUAAAGACUACAGGAAAUGUUGCUUCUGCCACGAGGAAGGUGAUGGAUUAACUGAUGGACCAGCAAGGCUUCUUAACCUGGAUUUAGACCUUUGGGUCCAUUUGAACUGUGCUCUUUGGUCUACAGAAGUCUACGAGACACAAGCUGGUGCCUUAAUAAACGUGGAACUCGCACUGCGAAGAGGCUUGCAAAUGAAAUGCAUGUUUUGUCACAAAAUGGGUGCCACCAGCGGUUGUCACAGGUUAAGGUGCACCAAUAUUUAUCACUUUACCUGUGCCAUUAAAGCACAAUGCAUGUUUUUUAAAGACAAGACCAUGCUUUGCCCCAUGCACAAACCAAAGGGAACUCAUGAGCAAGAACUUAGUUACUUCGCAGUCUUCAGGAGGGUCUAUGUUCAGCGAGAUGAAGUGCGGCAGAUCGCCAGCAUCGUUCAGCGAGGAGAACGUGACCACACUUUCCGUGUGGGAAGCCUCAUUUUCCAUGCCAUCGGUCAGCUCCUGCCGCAGCAGAUGCAGGCCUUCCACUCUUCCAAAGCACUCUUCCCCGUGGGUUACGAGGCCAGCCGGUUGUACUGGAGCAUGAGAUACGCCAACAGACGCUGUCGCUAUCUCUGCUCGAUUGAAGAGAAGGACGGGCUCCCAUUAUUUGUCAUCAAGGUUGUGGAGCAAGGCCACGAAGAUCUGGUCCUUACUGACACAACACCAAAAGGUGUGUGGGAUAAAAUCCUGGAGCCCGUUGCUUCUGUUAGAAAAGAAUCUGAAAUGCUCCAGCUGUUUCCCGGCUAUUUGAAGGGUGAAGACCUCUUUGGUUUGACAGUCUCUGCAGUGGCCAGGAUUGCUGAAUCGCUGCCAGGGGUUGAGGCCUGUGAGAACUACACUUUCCGCUAUGGCCGAAACCCCUUAAUGGAACUUCCUCUUGCUAUCAACCCCACGGGCUGUGCCCGUGCCGAGCCUAAAAUGAGUACCCAUGUCAAGAGGUUUGUGUUAAGGCCUCACACCUUGAACAGCACCAGCACAUCAAAGUCCUUUCAGAGCACAGUCACGGGAGAACUGAACGCGCCUUACAGUAAGCAGUUCGUCCAUUCCAAGUCCUCGCAGUACCGCAAAAUGAAAACGGAAUGGAAGUCCAACGUGUAUCUGGCUCGCUCUCGUAUUCAGGGCCUGGGCUUAUAUGCUGCUAGAGACAUUGAAAAGCACACUAUGGUCAUUGAAUAUAUUGGAACCAUUAUCCGGAAUGAGGUAGCAAACAGGAAGGAGAAGCUUUAUGAAUCUCAGAACCGCGGCGUGUACAUGUUCCGCAUUGACAACGACCACGUCAUCGACGCGACCCUGACGGGAGGUCCCGCCAGGUACAUCAACCAUUCAUGUGCACCAAACUGCGUGGCCGAGGUGGUGACUUUUGAGAGAGGACACAAAAUUAUCAUCAGCUCCAGCAGGAGAAUCCAGAAGGGGGAGGAGCUUUGCUAUGACUACAAGUUUGAUUUUGAAGAUGACCAGCACAAGAUUCCAUGUCACUGUGGAGCUGUAAACUGCCGAAAGUGGAUGAACUAGAAUGCAUUCCUUGCUGUCUUUGAGG